AAGUGACAUUUAAACAAAAAAAUCAAAUCAGAUACUUACUUUUGAAUCCAUUUCUCCCACUCUUAUUGUUGUUUAAUCGAUUAUGGAAAAGGUUCAUCAGAAAGAGGCGUUCGGAUUAGCCGCGAAAGACAAUUCCGGAGUUCUCUCGCCUUUUCGUUUCACUAGAAGGGAAACAGGAGAAAAGGAUGUGAGGUUCAAAGUGUUAUUCUGUGGAAUUUGUCACUCUGAUUUGCAUAUGGUCAAGAACGAAUGGGGAAUGUCUACUUAUCCUCUUGUCCCAGGGCAUGAGAUCGUGGGCGUGGUGACUGAAGUCGGAGCCAAAGUGACUAAAUUCAAAACCGGAGAAAAAGUCGGAGUCGGGUGCUUGGUCAGCUCAUGCGGGUCAUGUGACAGCUGCACCGAAGGUAUGGAAAACUACUGUCCAAAAUCAAUCCAAACGUACGGAUUCAAGUACUACGACGACACCAUAACAUACGGUGGUUACUCCGACCACAUGGUUUGCGACGAAGGUUUCAUCAUCCGUAUUCCCGACAAUCUCCCCUUGGACGCUGCCGCGCCGCUUCUCUGUGCCGGGAUCACGGUCUAUUCCCCUAUGAAGUAUCACGGGCUCGACAAACCCGGUAUGCACAUUGGUGUGGUAGGAUUAGGAGGUUUAGGUCAUGUAGGAGUUAAAUUUGCCAAGGCUAUGGGUACUAAGGUUACGGUUAUUAGUACUUCGGAGAGAAAGAGAGAUGAGGCGAUUAAUCGGCUUGGUGCGGAUGCUUUCUUGGUGAGCCGUGACCCGAAACAGAUUAAGGAUGCAAUGGGGACUAUGGAUGGUAUUAUUGAUACCGUAUCUGCGACUCAUUCGCUUCUUCUGUUGCUCGGUUUGCUGAAACAUAAGGGAAAACUUGUUAUGGUUGGUGCACCGGAGAAGCCACUCGAGCUACCAGUCAUGCCUCUCAUCUUUGAGAGGAAGAUGGUAAUGGGAAGUAUGAUAGGAGGGAUAAAAGAGACGCAGGAAAUGAUAGAUAUGGCCGGGAAACACAACAUCACCGCGGAUAUUGAGCUUAUCUCUGCGGAUUAUGUCAACACCGCCAUGGAACGGCUAGAGAAGGCCGACGUUAGGUACCGCUUUGUGAUUGAUGUUGCCAACACAUUGAAGCCUAAUCCUAAUUUAUAAGUCUUAAGCAUUAAAUUUCCUCAAAGCUUGUUUUACUUGUUUGGUUUGUCGUAAUAAGUUUCUGUGUUGUUU